GGGGGUGCAAAAUCAAGACAUCGAAUCAAGGCAUCGACUAGUCGAAAUUUAAAAAUCUUCUUCAUCUUUAUUAGUGUUUCUAUCCAUCCCUUAUCUUAAUUGUUAACCCAGUUAUUUCUUUCUUCCUAUUUGUUAAACCCGUUCCCAAAAAUAUAAUCUUUUGUACGUGCCAUCACCACACCAAUGGCACUUCCUGGACGUAAAAGCUUAAUAAUUAAUGCCGCCAAAUCACCUUCACAACAUCAACACGGGAAUCUGACCGGGUCUCGGAGAGUGGUCAAUGAUAACGUGGUCACGUUGUAUAACGCUACCCAAAUGUGGAACACCAUUUACCUUGGCGGAGUUCAGGCUUUACGGGAUGUACAAAAAACUCCAGAAAGUGACGACUCGUUUCAAACGUGCUGUGAAAAGUUGGGUGUGACCGUGGAAUCAAUGAAUCAACAAGUUGCCAUUAUGCAGGAUUGCGUCAACAAAUUUACUAGUCUUUCCAAACUAGACACGACUUCUGGCUUCCCAGUUUUUAUUUCUUGGAGCCAUCAGGCUUUUGCUGAAUCUUCUGCCAGGAUAACGACUGCUUAUCUAGCCGAGAGCAAAAGAAGGGAGAAAAUGGUCAAGAUUUUGAAGAACUUUCCACCAAGUACGAAACAGUUCGAGGCGCUUUACAUUGCUUGGAUUCAUCGAGUCGACAUCACGCCGGAAGACGACGCCCAGAUGCAAGCCAUGCUUUAUGAGGCGGAAAUACGACCCCCGCCGGUAUAAAGAGGGGGAGAUAAUGUUCCCCUGGGUAGUUUGUGACAUGAUUCAGGUGGUACUCGUCGUCUAAAUUGUUUGGGAACGUUUAUAAGAUAUGGAGGCAACUUGCGCCACAUGUUAAGAAGAAAAUGGUCAAUUUUGUGUCACAUAUUUUAUAAACGUUCCCUUAGAAGGUGCAGAAAAAUAAUUAGAAGCCGGGUUUACAAUUCACUUUAGUGUUCUUGAUUUAAUCAACAUACAAAUAAAAUAGUUUCAGACA